AAGUGAUGUAGGCUGGAGUCAACUGCGCAGGAACAUCCCGGGAACAUCUGCCUCGCUGCUUGUGCAGUGUUUCCAGGUCGGUGUAGACUGGUGCGGGAAGCAUUCUCUGCUCGGGGAAUGAACUACGCUUCACGAACGUGAACUGGCGUCGCGUCCAGUCACUGUAGGGAUAUGUAGAACAAUAUGAAUUCCUACUUCAAGUAUUUUCCAAACCGUCUGCUGACAGAUUUGGUUAUACAUUCGGCUCUAAUUGGAAGCACUACACUCGGGAUUAUGUCAACUGUGGUGUUUUGGGGAGGGACUAGAAUGAACAUGCAUUUUCAAGAAUAAUGAAGGCGAUCAGUCAAAGUAUAGAAAGAAGUUUACAGCAACCCAGAACGAUGGAUAAUCGACGGAAAAGGAAGCUGACAUUCUUCACCAUUGGGCUUAUAUUUCUUCUAAGCGGUGUGGAAUAUGCUGUAAUACUGCCCACAAUAUGGAGAUACUUGCAGACUUUAGAUGCAGCACCUUACUUUCUGGGUUUGGCCCUGUCAGCAUUCAGCUUGAGUGGCCUCGUGUCAGGACCGCUGUUUGGCCUCUGGUCUGACAGAAUUGGGACCACCAAGAAGAUCAUCUUGUUUGCCAACCUUUUUGAGAUAAUUGGUAAUUUCAUGUACUUCAUGGGCUUCUCCAAGUGGCUCUUACUGUCAAGCAGACUGGUAGCAGGCCUCGGCACAGGUGCUGGCUCUUCUAUCUUUGGCUUCCUGACCAGAAGCACUGCCCCGGAGGACCGCGCCACUGUAUUUGCUGCUGUCAUGGCAUGUCGACAAGCUGGCCUUCUGAUUGGUCCAGGAUUUAACAUCUUCCUGAGGCUGUGUGAUUUCCACCUGGGUCCUUUUGUGGUCAAUAAAUACACUGCGCCAGGGCUGUUCAUGUGCCUGCUGUGGAUUCUCCUUCAACUGGCAGUGUUGUUCAUGUACUGGGACCUGCCACCUCUGGAGAGGGGGAAGGCCAAGGAGAAUUCCACAAGCCUGAGCAGGGAGGAAGGGCUUUUGGAAGAGGAAAAUGACGAGGAAAAGCCGCUAAUGGUGUCCCAGGAGCUGGUGGGCUCCUACGGCUCACUGGUGUCCUAUAACCCACCCAGAUACCCCACCCCUGCUGCCUCAAAUGCCACGCUGAAUCAUGUGUCUCCACCUCCCUCUCCCAUGCCGCCAGAGUCCCAUGAGUUUUUCAGCCCCUUUAAUAAUUUCAGCAUAUCCCAAGAGUUCCUGAGAGAAGAGGUGGUCGUGCUGCUGGCUGCUCAGUUCAUCACCCUCUUCAAUCAGACAGCACUGGAGACCAUGGUGACCCCGCUGACUCAGAAGUACUUCAGCUACGGGGAGCUAGAAAAUAGUGUGAUGUACUGUCUCUGCGGUGUGGAGGUGAUCGCUGGCUUCCUGUUUGUGCGCUGGCUAAGCCAGCGCGUUGCUGAACGGGUGGUCCUGGUCAUCGGUCUGACCAUCUGUAACAUCUCUGGUGUCUGGUGCCUCAUCUUCUUGGCUAAGCCACUAGGUGGUUUCCCAUGGCAGCUGACUGAGUUCAUCAUUGGGGUGUUUCUGCAGGUUUUGGGUUUGCCAUUUGUGGCUGUGGCUCAGGUUUCCCUCUUCUCUAAAGUUACUGCUGAGAGAACACAAGGUUUCAGUCAGGGAGUGCGUCGCUCAGUGGGAGGACUAGCUACAAUCCUGGGCCCUCUGUGGGCUGGUGGCCUUACCGAGAACAUGUACAUCAUGAUGGGGGUGAUGAUGGCACUGCUGGCACUGCUAACGAUAAUGCUGGCUUUCUCAUAUGACCGGCUGGUUGCGCCUGCUGCAGAGGAGCGGGUGGACGACUCGGACAACUGUGGAUAAUCUGGCAGAUGUGCACAGUAGAAGAUCCCUGUCCUGCACCUGACAGCUUUCUGCAUUGGGACCAGCGUGCAGGGUGAUAAUAACACACACCGACAGCACACAUCUCACCACCUCCUGGGUGCUCACCUAAAGCUUGGACUUAAGCUUUGUGUGCAGAGGUUGAUCAAAGUAAAAAUAUGGUAUAUAUGUAUAUUUACCAUGGAAAUAUAGAAACACAGCAUGUGCAAGCUUUGGAUGAAAAUCCUUUCUGUCCUUUUGUGUUCUGCACCAACUGGUACCAAGUAUACCUCACAUUGUUGCCGUGUUUCAGCACAUGCAAUAUAACACCGAUUGUUCAAUUAAUGAACAUGACAAAUGGUUGUGUAUUUUGCUGUAGGAGAAUACACAGGCUACUCAGCCUUGAUACUUAAUAAAAAAUCUCGAAAGCAAGGUUUUCUGGCAGGUAGAAAACCAGGCUUUAUUGUCCUCUGAAGUGAAAUACUCAUAGUUUACACUAAGUUGAUUAGAACGUGAUUAAAUAUCAUUUCAAUCCGCUUCUUUAUUCACAUCCAUGUCAUCACGUCUGAUAUAAAUUUAUAUAAAAUACAAAACAAUUCUCCUUGAGCACAGCGAAAUAUUUGCGGAAACUGUAUGUUUUAUUUUCUUUGCAGGUUGUAUUUAUUCAUUCAAAUGUUGAAUUAUAUGCUUUGUGAAUUAAUACCUUUAGACCUACCGAUAAAGCAAUAUUCUGAGUCACUGUCUUAAUGAAAUGCUAACACUAACACAAAGGAAUCGAAUUUAUGUGGGAUAAAAUUUUUUGUCAUUUUUUAAAUUUUUUAAUGUUUGUCAUCCUAUAGUGAUGGAACUAUUUUUUCCAAGGCAUUUAAAAUCUCACUGUAAUAAAAUUCUCAGGGAAACACUAAAUACUUGGUAUGACUGGUAGUUGCUGGUAUGAGCAUGGUCACAUUAGGAGAUAUUACAUUUUGACUCGGUAUCAUCUGUCAAUAAAUUAAUUCUACAAAUAU